AACAGAGUGAUUUUUUUAAUGACUUCUUUUGAGUUUAGUUUCCCAAUAUUAGGUUUAAGUGAUUAUAUUCAAUUUAGUUUUCCAACAGAAAAAACAUAAUGAAAUCUUAUCAUUCAAGUAAAAAGGCCUCCCGAGCUUAAAGCACGCUCCUCCCCUUAAACCCUCACAAUCAAGCCUGCUCAAAGCGGUGUUCCGAGUCGUCUGUGACACAAACAUGUCUUCGAAUAUCGUUUAUUAAAUAUCUUGUUUCAAUUUUCCGUUAAUUGUUACAUUUCUGUGUUGAUAAAACGUAAUCUGUGUUGUGAAUUGCUAAAUUGUUGUAUUGUUAAAAUGGCCAGGAUGGAGUUGCCCGUUUUGGAAAAAUUUUGUUUUAUAUUCCACUUGAAGACAGGAUGCAUCGCUAUGGGAAUUAUUAAUUCAAUAAUAACAUUCGUGCUAGCAGUGAUCCUCAUUACGUUCGCGGUUGACAUAAAGGACGCAUCAGACUCCAAAAGGGACGAAGUAGACAGCGGCAUGUCGUCAGUAGUGUACACUAUAGUGGUGCUACUCGUCGUGUUACUGUUUGUUAAGUUCCUGUUGGAUCUGAUUUUCGUGUAUGCGGUACAUAAGGAAAAAUGUGGAAUAAUAAGAAAGUACUGCAUCUUCUGGAUUGUGUUCGUGGUGCUGUUCAUCAUCAGCUUCCUGAAGACCCUGUUCCACAUGGGCGCUGGCCAUGUGAUUGCACAACUGCUUUUCCUGGCGGAGAAUUUCUACUUCAUCGUUGUAAUCCGAAGCUAUCUGCUGUCAAUUAACGAAGAUGGCGUCUUGUAAAUUUGACGAAUUGCGAAAGGAGGUAUUUAUUUCAUAAUUAAUGAAAAGAUUUCGUUACAGUGUUAUUUUUUAAAGUCUUUUAUUCAAGAAAAACACAGGAUUAAUAAAUGUAAUAUUUUUUUAGUUUACAUGAAUGAUUAAAUAACCUUUUUAAUACGAUUAAAAACAAUAUUUAUUGUAAUCAUGAAAAAUCGUAUGAAUCUCAAACUUAUCGAAUCUACAAAUUUAUCUCAAAGAAAAAUGACCCUUGGUUAAUUAAAAUUGUUAUCCUAAACACUGGUUGUGACGUUUUGUUGUGUAAGAUUAAUCCCAUGAAGUUCCUGAAAUCUUGUAUUGAACAACGAAAUUUAAUCAUAGUUGUAAAAUUUUAUUUUAUUUUUAAUCCACCAGAGUCAAAAAGUAAAUAAUUAAACCAUGUUCUCGAAAAUGUAACACAAUUAUAAGACUAUGACUUAUAAUUGUAGAUGGACCAAAAAUUAUGAGGUAUAAAAAUAAUCCAACGAUUUCAAAAUGAAACAGCCUAUUUCCCUAUUAUAUAGUUUCAACUGGACCAUAGAGUAAAAAAACCAAAUAUUCGCUUGCCAGUAUUAAAAAUAUGUAACAGAAAAAGAAAAAAUUGCUUGAGAAGCAAGAUUAUUAAUUGUUUGUAGAUUGUCUUCCAAUGUAAAAUUAUAAUUAUUAUUGUAUGCUGUAAAUUAAAAAUAACUUUACGAUUCGUUCGAUAGAAUUAUAGUUUGCAUUUAUAAAUUAUUAUAUGUCA